UUGAAACUAAAUCGAUAGCCGCACGAUCGAUCAUCAAAAAAAAAAAAAAACGUUUCGUGGAGCUCAUUCAUUACCAGUGCCAAUGCCCAGAGAGCAGGAUGGAGAUCAAUGUGGGAGAUGUUCAGCACUGUGAGGAGCAGCUGAAGACAACACUGCACUGUGAUGACAAGGAGAAGCUUCGCAGGAAGUUGGCACUGUUACAAAGGGAAUAUCUGAGGACAGCCCAGCGACUACAGCGUGCUGAGCGUUCAGAAGUGGUACGGAGACAUGUGAGGAGUAGGAUUGAACAGCAGAACCAGCAGGACAAGAGGGAUCCAGAGGUGACGUCAAACCCCUGUCUUAACCCAACUUCAUUGUCUCUGAACGUUAGUAAUGGGACAGCCUCAGGUGUACCUCAGUGCCAGCAAUCCAAUGGAGGUACCACAGAUACUGAGAACCCCAGGAGGAGUCAGGUGAUCAGGUUCCUGCUUCCCUCUGAUGAUGCUUGCCCGCAAACACCGGAUUCCAGUAAUGACUCCGCUAGAGGUCAUAGGCCCAGUCCUGCGCUGCGCCUCAGGUCGCGUAGCAGCAGGCUUCGCUGGGAAAGGAGGAGUGCUGCUGAGGCUGGAAGGAGCACAAACGACACUGAGGAGGGACUGGAGCAGAGUGAAAAGAUGGAGAGUCCUAGAACAAUACGAGGUGAAGAGAGAGUCACAACAGAAGGAGCAGAGGUUGUGUAUGACAGUGAAGAGCUGAUUUCUAGUGCAAGAUCUGACUCCCCCUCUCUGCUGCUGCCACACUGGAACACAUGUGGACAAACUGAAGCUGGAAACAUGGAGGGACAAGAACACAGGGAGAAAGAAUCAGAAGGGGGAAUAGAAUCAACCUUUUUGCUGCUCACGUGUCGGGACCCUGCUUUGUACCCUGACGGGAGGAAACAAAAUGAGACAAAGAAUGGAAAAGGGAAGGAGACAGAAGGGGAAAACGGUAGAAGCAAUAGGGAUGGGGCGCUGUGUGAAGACAGCAGUGAAAAAGAUACUGAACAAAACGCAGCAGUGAAAACAGAAAGUGUAAGAAGUCAUCAUAACAGCCUGGAAGUCAAAGAAACCUGUGAGAGGGUUGGAGCACAGCAGAAUGUAAAGGGUGUAGGUAUCCUUGACUCCUGCACCUUAGUGGAGGGACUGCUUUUCCCAGCAGAGUACUACGUCAGAACCACAAGACGUAUGACUUCUUCACACAGCCAGCCGGACAUGCAGGCUGUCAUACACACCCAGCUGGGAAUCGGACGACCUCGCAGGAGCCGGGGCAAUGGAAGAGGACUGAACAAGCGCACGCACAACCGUGACGGGUCAGAUAAACUGUCUCAGACAAGUUUUUCCUCACCAACAACGGCAUCUCCAGCUGUAGGUCCCCGUAUAGAAUCACCUGCUGUUGGAACGCCUACUGAGCUGAUCAGUCAGAGUUCCAGUGAGAUUUCAGAUCAAGUGGUCUCAGCAGAUACAUUAUUUUCUCCUAAGGUCACCGCUGUUCGUCCAGCAAGAGGGAGGCGGAGAAGAAGAGGGAGAGGGAGAGGGAGAGGGAGACCUCAGACCCCACGGAGCUCUUUUAAUUUAGAUACCAAUUAUCUAGAUCCUCGGCAAAUUCCAAAUGAUCUUCAGCUUACAAGCUCCCUGGUCUCUGCAUCCCCAUCUCUCCGUGGUCCAGCUGUUGGAUCACAGCCCCUCCUCACACAAGGAGAAGCAGUUUCAGUGACAGACCCACCUGAGCCUGCCUACGUCCACAGCACAGCCGCACCGCUGCCAUUUGGAGGGAAUGGAGCUCAGUCGAGCGCUCCCUCUGAAGAUCAUGACAAGGUCUACCCUAUCUUUGUGAAGAGCUGUGGCAGGACUAACAGAACCACACGGCUGAAUGGAAGCUCAGAAAACAGGCAAUCUCUCCUCCUGCCGUCCUCUUCACCGUCCCAAACAUCUCUGCUUCCUCUCCCCUCUCUGUCCUCCGGCCCACUGGUCAACAACCUGAUCAACUUUGACAUUCACCAAGACUUCCAUCUCCCCGAUGACCAGUUUGCCUCCCUGAAGCUGCACAAGCUUCGCCGAGUCGCAGUGGAAUCGGGAAUUGAACAUUUUACAUCACCGUCUUACAACACACGCAGUAGCACACGGCACUGUGAUGCUCCCCGCAGCCCGGUGAUGCCUCUUCCAAUGGUGCUUAGCCUCACACCUGUAAUUAAAAACUCAACACCUACCACUCGAGCAGAACGAGUUGCCAUGCAGUCCAGAGAUCUCCAAAACGUGUCGAUGCAACAACCUUUAAUCGACGAGUCAUCCGAUCAAGAAAACCCCAAAAAGCAGAAAACUGAAAUCCUCCAACCAGAGAGUCAGACACACACCUGCUCAACAGAGUCUGCGUCAGUGGUUCAAGAGUGUGCUGCUGAUUCUGCUGCCCAAUAUGAAGAGAAAGAAUCUGAUCUAAAGACUCACUUUGCAGAGAGUGUUACAGGAACUGUUAAAGAUGAUGUCCUUGUGCAUUCUUAUGAACUUCAAACCAAUGAGUCGUCUGUCCUCUUGUUAGAUGAACAAACAGAUUGUCCUGGUGUAGCUCAGCUUUUGAGGGAUGAGAGGUCACCCACCUUACCCACACAUCACCAAACAAAAACAGAAGAGGAAAACGUCGUCAAAACUUUUUCUUUGAUUCCCCUCGACGCGAAAACCUCAGCAGAGCCUUCUGCAAACUUGACUGCAUGUAGUGAGUCUCCUGUGCAGCGUCUCAGUGUAAGAUCUCCUGCCAGAGAUUUCAACGAGUCCCCUGAAUGCCCCACAAGUCCUCCCAGAGUCCUCAAUGUCCAAGCCCAGCUCCUAUUCAGUCCUCUUCUUGCAUCAGCACCGGGCCGAUUCAUAACCCCACACUUGCACUCUUCUCUCCUCGCUACCAGCCCAUCAUUUCCAUCCUUAGGACCCACCCCUUACCCCGCCCCUGCUGCCCUCCCUCUGUCUUCGUCUGCAUCUGCCCCAGUCCUCACACUGCCUCCCAGUCACAGCCCAUCCACUCAGGCCCUCUCCCCUCCUGUUCUCUCUCCCCGUCUGUCCCCGACUUGUGUCCCUCCCAGCCAGCCCCCAAACUCCCCUGCCCCUAAAAUCCAGGUUUCAUCGGGGAUGUCAGAGAGGGUGGAACCUGCUACCUGCCCGUCUGUCUCCAGCAUCCACCAUCAUGGCUUAGGUGUGCAGGCUGGCAUGAGGAUAGAGGACACAGCAGAGGGCAACACUUUAAGAUGUGUACACACCCUGAAGGCCCCAGCAGGAGGCUGCCUGGUGGAUGUGUGCUGUCUGCCCGGACCCUGUGGUUUUUGUGUAGCAGCAGCAGGAAAGUGGGCUGUUUGUCUGUGGAGUCAGACUGCAGCCUCUGACUGGAGCCUAACACACACCUGGGCCUUCAAUGAGCCAGUGAUCAAUGUGUUUUCCGUCCCUGAUGCUGCUGGGCUGAUGUGUGUGACUCUGGGACAGUUAGAGAUAAAAGAAGUGAGGAUGCUCUCAUGCUCCAGCCUCUCUCAGGUGUUGCUCUGUGCGGGGCUGGUCCAGGCUGUUGUGUGUGUUUCCAGAUCCAGAGUGGUUACCUCCUCUCACUCGGCGUGUGGCUCCACCCUGCAGGUGUUUACACUGUUAGACAGUGGCAGCACAUGGAGCUCUCAGCUGCUGGUGUCUCCUGGUGUUUGUGUCGGGGCCAUCGCUCCAGUGAACGGACUCUUAGAUGCUCUGAUUGGCACAGAUGAAGGUGGAAGUCUCCUCAUCUGGAAUUUAAAGACAGGACAGCUGCUCAGGAGAAUAACCCUGACUGAUGGUUUAUCACACACAGCUUGUCUCAGAGGAUACUCCUACUGUGGAGUGUUAUUUGUCCUGCUGCAGCAUCAGUUUCUGACCUCCCUGGAGGAAGCAGAAAGACAGACCGAAGAAGAAGAUCAAAUCUUCUCAGAAGAGGAAGUAGCGAGGAGGAAGAGCGUCCUAUUCUCCCUGGUCGCCGUGAACCCUCUGACUGGAAAAUCUGUGGUUGCCACUCGGCUGUAUCCGCCCAAAGCGUGGUCCGGCAGGCUGUGUGAGGCUGACGUUAGCAGCUCCAGCGUGGUGGGCCUGAGUCAGAGUGGCUGCGUGUGUGUGUGGGAGCUCCUUCACCCGGGCGGCUCCAGGAUGGUGUGGUCUCCUGAGAGUGAAGGCUGGCAGCUGGCUCGAUGGGGCGGAGAAGGUACUCUGGUGACCGGACAUCACAACGGAGACGUUAGUUUACACUGCUACUACAGCAGUCAGACACUUCUCUCUCACCCUAACAUGAAACACUCUCUUAAUAAAACAGAUGAAUGUUGACAUGAAGAUUUUAGCAAUGCUUCAGUUUAGACACACCUUUUAAAAUACUUUGCACCUAAGUGAAAAGCAAAGCGGAUCUGUGGCUUCAAUAAAGAAUUUUAUCCCAGCAAGUACAGGAGAGACUCUGUAACUUGAAGGCCACAGUUUAUUGAUAUACUGUAAACAAUUCAGUUGUAAGAGUUCUUCUACCUCAUGGUGUCUUUUUACUGUGACUUCAUUCUGAAAACUACUGUUGUGUUUUAUUACUGCUGCUGUUUGACUGUUUCUGACAGUGUUUAAAUGUUAUAUUUCAUAUUUAAAGAAAAGAAAGGCUUGCCACAAUGUGUUUUUAUUACUGACAUUAAAAGUUUCUGUAUUCUGUUA